AGAAGAACAUGCUGGCAAAUAUGCACUGGAUAUUCUCAAGAAAAAGUUCAAAUGUGACAUCUGCCUCGAAAGAUAUGAAACUAAAUCUGAGGCCACAAAACAUAGAAAGAAUGUACAUAUUGGAUUAAAACAACACAAAUGCCCAUGUUGCGUGAGGGCAUUUCGCCGAAAAUCAAACCUAACCAAGCAUUUAUUGAUUCAUACCGCAGAGCUGGAGUAUGUAUAUGACUGUGCCAAAUGUACAAAAUCAUUUAAAGGAAAAUAUUUACUUAAAGAACACAAUGAGCGCGUCCAUAUUAGGAAGAAAACAUUUUAUCAAUGUUCGUUAUGUCAUGAACGGUUUAAUUCAAAACAGCGUGUCAGACAACAUAUAGCCAAACUACACAAUGGAUCUAAACGCUUCCAGUGUAACAAUUGCCCAAGGAAAUUUUAUCGACAAUCAAAAAUGAUGAAACACUCAAAAGUUCAUACUGGAAACAAGCCUUUUAAAUGUUCUAUAUGUAUAAACAGGUUUAAAAGCAGAACUGCACUGAUUCAUCAUAAAUGGGUUCAUACAUUAUAGUGUCUAUGUGAUACAUAGACCUAAACCCACAUGAGAAAUCUUGCAUAUACGAGUACAGGGUGUUUCAUACUGACUAUCCCCUAUCCACAGCCAAUCCUAAAUCACAUACCUCAAUCUAUAUAUCAUUAUAAAGCUUCCAAUUCUGGACUUAUGGGUUGAAUAUUGGCACGAUUGAUCAUUGAAAACAUAAUUUGUGAAUUUAUGGCUUUCAUUUGUAAGCAGAUAGUAAUACAAUCCAUUGUAUCAUUCAGAGCCUUCUUUGUAGUUGUUUGAAAUAUUUUUUUCUUUCAAAUAUCAUUAAAAUAUAUCCCCAGCAUCCAUCAAAUGCUAUAAGUAGUAGGCUACAUUACUGGAGAUAAUACUGUUCUCAGCCUUGAUUAUCAUCGGUUUUAACAGGGCACAUGGCUAAUUUUCUAGAAAACAUUGCUGUUCAAAUUGUAUGCCAUAGAUCAAAUGGACACUUUUUGUUGUGAUAUGUAGCAAGCAAGUAGAAAGCUACUGACCUGUUUUAAUAAGUCCUGAAGCUUACAUAUGGUAUAUAACACAUGAAGGUAUGCGGAUUCCUAAUUGAUGAACAAGCUUUCAUAUGAUAUACAGGGUGGUCCAAAAAAAAGUGAACCCCUGCAACUGGCUAUAUUUCCCUUAUUACUUGCAGGAAUUCUUUUUUAUUUUCACAUGUUGUAGAGGAAGGUCUAAAAUUU